CAAACCCAACAAACAACUACAAUAACAAAAAACCAUUAGUUCAAUUCUCAACCUCAAAAAACACCAAAUCAAACAGAAACAUAACAAGUUUUCUUUGAAUUUUCAAAAUGCCUAGAAAAGGAAUGAGAAGCAUUUUCUUCCAUCCAACACCUCCUUCAUCAUCAACAUUACCAUCACCUUCCUCACCUCACCACACUUUCACUUUCUCAGACUCCUUAAUGGAAGAAAAUAUCUUAACUGCAGAAUCACUUAUAACCAAAUGGGAUUAUUCCAACACAAACCAAAUUAUCAACCCACUUUUCAGCGGUAAUACUCGCUUUGAAGCCAAACACUACCUUAACGCUGUCAAGGGUUUACAAUCUGCUAUGCAAUAUUUUGUCACACAUGAUUCCACCUCCAACACUCUUGUUAGAGCUCAAUUUUUAAUGCAACUUGCUAUGAAAACUCUUCAAAAAGAGUUUUAUAACAUACUUUCAACAAAUAGAGAACAUUUAGACCCUGAAUCUGUUUCUAACCGUUCCUCCACCGAUCGUCGAAGCAGUUUCUCCGUUUCUGAUUAUGAUGAUGAAGUUUCCGACGACGAGAAGUUUGUUGUCGGAAACCAAAUCUCGGAAACGGAGAGAGUUUCGAUGCUUGCUAUGGCGGAUUUGAAAGCUAUUGCUGAUUGCAUGAUAAAUUGUGGGUAUGGAAAAGAGUGUGUUAAGGUUUACAUUGUUAUGAGAAAAUCUAUUGUUGAUGAAGCACUUUAUCAUCUUGGUAUUGAAAGAUUAACGUUCUCUCAAAUUCAAAAAAUGGAUUGGGAAGUCAUUGAGUUGAAAAUCAAGACGUGGUUGAAGGCUGUUAAAGUCGCCGUGAGAACACUUUUCCACGGCGAAAGAAUUCUAUGCGACGACGUAUUCGCCGCCGCAGGGAAGAGAAUAGCUGAGUCUUGUUUCGCAGAGAUUACCAAAGAAGGUGCUACAUCUCUUUUUACUUUUCCGGACAUGGUAGCAAAAUGCAAGAAAACUCCUGAGAAAAUGUUCAGAACUCUUGAUUUAUACGAAGCAAUUUCAGAUCAUUUUCAACAAAUUCAAUCGAUUUUCUCGUUUGAAUCAACUUCCAACGUCCGUUUACAAGCCAUUAAUUCAAUGGAGAAACUUGCAGAAGCUGUUAAAACGAUGUUAAAGGAAUUCGAAUCAGCUAUUCAGAAAGAUUCUUCAAAGAAACAAGUCUCCGGUGGUGGUGUUCAUCCUCUCACACGCUAUGUCAUGAAUUACCUAACCUUCCUCGCCGAUUACGGUGGAAUUCUCGCUGAUAUCGUCUUCGAUAUGCCGCAGUCUCCGUUACCGGAGUCGUACUAUCGAAGUCCGAUGCGCAGCGAGAAUUCAUCGUCAUCCUCGUCAUCAUCAUCUUCAUCGGAGAUAUCAGAAAAAAUCGCGUGGCUGAUACUUGUUCUUCUCUGCAAACUCGAUACAAAAGCUGAAUUCUACAAAGACGUAGCACUUUCUUAUCUUUUUCUCGCAAAUAACAUGCAAUACGUCGUCGUAAAGGUUCGAAGAUCGAAUCUAGGGUUUCUUCUCGGAGAAGAAUGGUUAACAAAUCAUGAAUUGAAGGUGAAAGAGUAUGUGAACAAAUUUGUUCAAAUUGGAUGGAAUAAGGUUUUGUCAACGUUGCCGGAAAAUGAAAAUUCCACGGCGGAGAAGACGGUGGAGCAAGUUAAGGCUAUUUUUGUAAAAUUCAAUGCUGCGUUUGAUGAAGAGUGUAAGAAACAAACUUCAUGGAUUGUAUCCGACCCGAGGCUAAGGGAUGAGAUUAAAGCGUUGAUUGGUUCGAAGUUGGUGGCGAAGUAUGGUGGAUUCUAUGAGAAGAAUCGGGUCGGGUCCGGUGUAAGAUAUGAACCGGAAUAUAUAGAGAGUUAUCUGGGUAAUAUUUUGUAUGGGGUUGUUGGUGGAGAUUCGGGGAGUGUUUCGUCAUAUUCUUAUUCGACGACAUCGUCUUCCGUUAGCUCUAUUCGCCCGUGAAAUUGGUGUAGUUGCCGGGUUAUGAUAUGAUAUCGCGACUCACCUCUUAUUGUAUUUUUUUUUUUUUUUAGUAUCUUUUGUUAAUUAUUAAUUCAUGUAUAAAAAGUCAAAGAGAGCCAUUUUAAAAAAUGAAAUGACAAAUAUCCCAUUAUUUAUGUUA